AUGGAUAUCGAGCAUCAUGCGAAAGACGCAUCUAAGGCCGCGGGCAGCGAGAACAUCGAACAAGACGUAUCGAGGACCGCGGAUACCGUCGACGCCGAGAAAUACACACAGCAUGAUCCUAACCCGCCACCGGCAUUGAAACGUGGUUUGAAGAGUAGGCAUCUCCAGAUGAUUGCGAUAGGUGGUGCAAUUGGGACAGGACUCUUCAUCGGUAGCGGCACGGCCAUCGCCCACGCCGGCCCCGUCGGUGCUUUAAUCGCAUACAUCUUUGUCGGCUCUCUCGUCUAUUCCGUCAUGACUUCCCUUGGAGAAGUGGCGACGUACCUUCCGAUCCCUGGUGCCUACAUGACGUACGCGUCUCGGCUUAUCGACCCAAGCCUGGGGUUUGCGAUGGGCUGGAUCUGCUGGUUCUCCUGGGCCAUGACAUUUGCGUUGGAGCUCACGGCUACGGGGCUUAUAAUUCAGUACUGGAAUGAUACGAUCCCGAUUGCUAUAUUCAUAGGCGUGUUUUUGGUUGUGAUAACAGUGGCGAACCUCUUACCAGUCAACUUUUACGGGGAGAUCGAGUUUUGGUUUUCAAGCAUCAAAGUACUGACCAUCGUCGGGUUCCUGAUAUUCGGGAUUUGCAUCAACGCCGGCGCUGGCCAGGAAGGAUAUAUUGGCUUUCGGUACUGGGUGCACCCCGGCCCCUUUGCCGAAUACCUGGUCUCGCCCGCGCCAAAGGCUCGCUUUGUCGGCUUCUGCGCUGUCCUGAUCCAAGCCGGAUUUUCCUAUCAAGGUACUGAACUCGUCGGCCUUGCAGCGGGCGAGACAGAGAACCCUCGCAAAACAGUCCCCGCUGCAAUCCGCCAAACAUUCAUCCGGAUCCUCCUCUUCUUCAUCCUCACCAUCUUCUUCAUCGGAAUCCUCAUCCCCUCUGAUAACCCCAAUCUCCUCUCCGACUCCACCAACGCCUCCGCCUCGCCGCUGGUCAUCGCGGCAAAGCUCGCCGGAGUCAAAGUCCUCCCGGGCCUGAUAAACGCCGUCCUCCUGGCCGUUGUAAUCUCCGCAGCAAACAGCAACGUGUACAGCGGCAGCCGCAUCCUCAUCGGCCUGGCACAGGAGAAAUUCGCGCCCCAGUGGAUGAAACGGACAACGCCCAGCGGCGUCCCCUACAUCGCCGUCCUGACCACCGCAUCCUUCGGCCUGUUGGCGUUUAUGAACGUCUCCGAGUCCGGGAGCAAGGUCUUCAAUUGGUUGCUGAACAUCUGCGGCGUCGCGGGGUUCACGACGUGGGCGACGCUGAAUGCCUGUCACAUUGCGUUUAUGCGUGCCCUUAAAGCGCGGAAUAUGUCGCGCGAUUUAUUGCCCUACAAGGCUAUCUGGCAGCCGUAUCUGGCGUGGUAUGGGUUGGGCUUUAAUAUUCUGAUUAUCUUCAUCCAGGGGUUUACGGCGUGGAUUCCGAGGUUCCGUGUUGCGGACUUUGUGGUUGCGUAUAUUAGUUUAUUUCUUUUUGUUGCGCUGUACUUGGGGCAUAAGCUUGUCUAUCGGCAUCCGAUUGUCAAGCCGAUUGAGGCGGAUUUGGACACGGGCCGGUCGCAGUUUGAGAAUGAGUGUUGGGAGACGGUGGCGCCGACUACGUGGUAUGGCAAGGUUUGGAGGUAUAUUACGGGUUGA